GGACCUGCCCCCAGUCUUCUAUUGACUCUCCCAACAGUAAUGGCUGAAAAGGGACGAUCAUCUUCCGCUCUGUCCAAGCUAGAGGAACAGCUCACCUGCUCGGUUUGUCUUGAAAUCUACACUGAUCCAAAGACUCUACCUUGUCUGCAUUCGUUUUGCCAGGACUGUCUAUUUGGAUUGAUGUCAAGGGACGUGAAUAAAGAGUUCAUCUCUUGCCCUUCUUGUCGGCUUCAGGUAAAACUAACUGGAGGAGUAUCUACUCUCCCUGUAGCAUUUCACAUCAACAAUUUAAAGGAAACCUACUCCCAGUUGAAGGAUAAGGAAGACAUUGAAGACUCUCCUAAGAAAACCAGCAAUGAUCACACCCAGUCUGCAGUGGCCAUUUGCAGCAAUCAUAAAAAGCCUCUCGAUACAUUUUGUGAGACUUGUGACAUGAUGGUUUGCUUUACUUGUGUUAAGCAAAAGCACAGAGAUCACGAGUACGACUUGAUAGCUGAUAGUUAUCACAAACAAUGUCGAAUACUGAACUCGUGUCUUAGCCCUGUUAAAGAAAAAACAGUUGCCACAAAGCAGGCAUUUGGAGCUCUAGUGGAAAGAGAGAAUCAGAUUAAGCAGCAAGGAGAAAGCAUCAAGGAAGAUAUCCAUGCAAUGGUGGAGGAGAUAAUCAGUAACCUCCGCCAGUCAGCAAGUCAACUUGUCGAGGAAGUUGAUGCAGCAAUGGAGGAGAAACUAAAGGUGAUCACAAUUCAAAAGAAAUCAGCUGAAAAGACCCUGGGGGUCUUAAAUGAAGUUCAAGAAUACGUGGAACAGAGCCUCAAAAAUGAACCCCCUGAGAUGAUCUUGAACAGGAAGAAGCAACUGAUGGAACGGAUGAGUGAAGCCAGUGCAGAUAUCAAUCUUAAUGAGCUGUGCCCAAUAGAAACAGCCGAUCUUACACUUGUCAAAGAUGAAAAGAUUCUUUCGUCAAGUAAUCACAUUGGAGAGACACACAUCACCUUCUCAAAACUGAAGCAAAGUAAUAUAAUGAAUGUUGGUCCGGUUAAAUAUCUCAAAGACAAGAAAGUUUCCUUUUCAGUAACACUAGAGGGACCAGAUUCAUCUCCACUGAGUAUUCCACUCUCAGCUUUACACUGCCAUUUGCUGCAACGUAGCAAGUGCGAGAAGACCAUAGCUACAGUAACAUCCUCAGUAACAUCUCCUGGAGUAUACGAGGUAGAGUGUAGCCCACUCAGCAAUGGCCAUCACAUAAUAAUAUUCAAUGCUUGUAAUGUUGAGCUUGAGCCUGCAUCAAUCUUAAUCCCGUUCAGCCCAUUCCUUGACACAAUAUCACCAGUAUACACUAUAUCUGGGCUCUCUCAUCCCUGGGGAGUAUCUGUCACAUCCAACGGGAGCAUCAUGGUAACGGAUAACUGGGCGCACACUGUCAUGACGUUUGGUACUUCACAAGAAAUAUUCGGAGGCAGUGGUGCUCUCAAGUUCUCUUAUCCACGUGGCAUAGCAAUCACGCAAGACAACUUCAUUCUUAUAACGGAUAAUGAUAAAGUACAGAAGUUGAAUAUGAGUGGGCAACGCAUUGCAUCUGUAGGUAAAGAAGGCAAUGGAGCUCGUCGUUUCUCUUAUCCGGCCGGGAUAGCCAUUUCUCCAAUCAAUCAACUUGUUUAUAUAGCCGAUCGAAGCAACCACCGCGUGCAAGUACUCAACCCUGAUCUAACCUUUUCACAUUCUUUUGGUAGCAUGGGAGGAAGCAGUGGACAGUUUCAGUACCCAACUCACAUCUCGAUUGACAGUCAGGGCUCCAUAUAUGUCUCUGAUCAUGGGAAUAGGCGCAUCCAGAAGUUUUUGAUUGAUGAAAAAUUUGCAUUUUGCAUUGCAGGUAAUGGGGUUGACACUCCAAGCGGAAUAGCGGUUGAUGGUAGUGACCUGGUCUAUGUUGCUAACGAAGGAGGGCAGUAUAUUUCAGUUUUCACGAGCGAGGGAGAGUUCAUUCGUAGUAUUUCAUUAAAAGGAGUCAGUCCAAUUGGAUUGGCUUUUGAUAAAAAAGGAACACUCUAUGUGUGUAGCAACAAAGAGAUACUGGUAUAUGGAAUGUAAGAAAAACCACACGGACUGGUCUAAUUGGUUAUUUUGUAACUGGUUUAAUAUUAUUAGUUAUUAAUGCAUUACUGUAACUUUGUUUUUACACCUUAGUUUGCACUGACAAGGUGUCAAAAAAUUUAGGAAUUUGAAAA